AACCUAUCACAGUUAAGUGUAGCUGCGGGAUAACACAGCGACAUUUCUCGCGCGCGGACACAUCUGACGAUUCGGUUGUGCACUUAGAUGCACUUGUUUUAUUUUAUAAAACGUACACAAGAGCGAGUUGCACUAAUUGGGUUUAUUCGAUGCGGUAGUUAAUUUUAAUACUUUUUCCGAUGCCCAUUUUUCGAUUAUGCGCGCCAUGGCUGACCCAGCGUCAUGAGCAAAAUUCUUUCAUAAAAUGGCGUCUCCCAUGAAAUUAUUUUACCCCGGCGACAUUGCAGGUACUUUGGUCGAUUAGUAAAAAAGUGUUAUCAGUCGAAACGUUAUCGGAGACAGCUCAAUUCUUUCGAUGAUAGGGGUAUGGUGAGGAUGAGAAGUGUGAAAGUAUAAAACCGAAAUGAUAUAUUUGUCAAACCGCUGAUGAUAAACUGUCCCAUAUUGUGAAAGAUAAGAAAAAGUGAAUUUAGACACCGCAUAUCGUGCAGGACUUGCGUGUGAAUUGUGUUCGAAUUAAUUAGUUGAUAGUGAGGAAGCGACAGAUAAGGAAACGCAAUGUGUGCGGCUCAAACCAAUCCGGCCGCAAGUUUUAACUACACGUGGGGGUUUGCCGAUAACAACCGCAACGAAUCGGUGGUGGAGAUCAGUCCCAACAUCAAUUACACCGUGAGCGAUGCGACGAUGCCAUACUUGCAGCUACCGGACGGUGCUAGCAUUAUAGUACAGAAGGAUGGCAAGGGUACGAUCACGCACGCCACCAACAAGGGCGCGGUCCGACGGAUGCUCGUGGUCAAUGAUCCGUCCGCGCUACAGCAGGGCACGCAGCGUAUUAUUACGUGUGGUUCCACGGCUACCGUUACCACCGGUCCUCCGGCAGUUAAGAAACAUGAGGUUAUAAAUCAAUCUAAUUCUGCCCUAGCCAACGGAAUCAUCGAUUCAAAGACAAAAAUUAGCCUGACCGCAAGCGCAUCACCUGGUGCCACGGCAUUCAUGUCCCCAAUAGGUCCGAUUCAGCUCACCGCGGAAGAAUGCAACGACAUUUUGAUGAAGCGAGCAGCAGCUGCUGUGGCUGCUAACAAUCAUCAACACUCCAUUACGACCAACACAGACGGCCAUCAUGCUGCAAUCGCAGUUCAAGUGCAAAAGGUGAUCGCAGGGCUCGAAGACAAUGAUGAUUCACAAGCCGCAACUUCGACACAUCAACUGAAAAUCGAGCCAACAAUGAGUAUUUCGCCCAAGUUGGAAGCAGUUGAAAUUGAUUACAGUGAAUACGUUCAACAAGAAUCAGACACCCCCACGCCAAACGUGGUUCCCAAGGAACGACCUUAUUCCUGUGACCAAUGCGGAAAAUCUUUCCUUCUGAAGCAUCAUCUCACAACCCAUGCUCGAGUUCACACCGGCGAACGACCUCACGUAUGCGUUCACUGUGGCAAGGAUUUCGCCCACAAACAUUGUUUGAAUACCCAUCUGUUGCUGCACUCGACGGAUCGUCCCUACCAGUGCCAGGAGUGCAAGAAGAGCUUCACGUUGAAACAUCACUUGCUGACUCACUCACGCGUACACAGUCGCGAGCGGCCUUUUAUUUGUCAAGAAUGUGGUCGAUCUUUUCCCCUGAAACGUCAUCUAGUGACGCAUAGCAAGUUCCACGCCGGUGAACGACCCUACGUCUGUGAGGACUGUGGGGAAAGCUUUGCCCAGAAAGAACAUCUGGUUAUGCAUUCGCGUUUCCACGGCUCGGUAAAUCCGUUCGUGUGUCCCGACUGCGGCGCCACUUUCCCUCGCAAGUUCCAGCUAGUGAAUCAUGGAAAACUGCACGGGCGUAUACCGCACUCGUGCACACUGUGCGGAAAGGAAUUCCUACAGAAGCGGACGCUUGCUGCCCACAUGAGGAUUCACACAGGCGAUCAGCCAUUUCCGUGCAUCGCCUGUGGUGAAGGAUUCCGCACUAAAUCUGAGCUGAAUGCCCAUAACCGUUUAACCCACGGUGGUGUAAACCCAAACUCAUCAAACACCACAAUUAUAACCACAAACACGGUCGUCACAAGUAACGCUCAACAGCAAGCCCAGGCACAAGCACAGGCUCAGGCUCAAGCCCAGGCACAGGCUCAAGCUCAAGCUCAGGCACAACAACAGGCCCAACAACAGGCGGCAGCUCAGGCACAGGCUCAGCAACAGCAACAACAACAGCAGCACAUUGAAGUGCAACAGAUUCAACACCACCAAGGACAGCAGACCGUGCAAGACGUCAACACAGGUAACAUCAUAACCACCAUUGCCACCGGUCAGAGCUCACCGGAAACUUCUCCACGACCACAAUAUGCUUGUCGUGAGUGUGGAAGUGCCUUCAACAGCCGCGAAGCACUUGCUCUUCAUUUACGUCUGCAUACCGGAGACAAGAGCUUGAUGACGGAUCUCUGCGCCCUGACUGCUGCUAUUCCCGGCCACCUGUUUCCAGUCAAUCAAGAAUAUUCACUAAUAGGAGGUGGCACUACCGUUGUUACCACAAAUCCUGUAAUGCAAUCGUCUCCCGUUCCAGUACAAAUUAUCACCUCCUCUGGUCAGGUGGUACAGCAAACGCUACAACCGCAUAGCCCACCUCACCAGCAAAUACACGUUCAGCAGCAUCAACAGCAACAGCAGCAGCAGCAAGUUCAGUCCCAUGCCAAUCACCAACAACAGCAGGUGCAGGUAGUCCAACAGCAACCCCAAGUCCAGCAGCAGGUACAGCACCAACAAACGGUUGUGGUUGCACAGGCGAAACCCAAGUCCCACUACUGCGGGCACUGUGGUAAAGGAUUCGCGGCUAAACAUGGUCUGCUGUUACACAACCGCCGUCAUCCGAACGGCGGUUGUACCGUGCGGACGCACGUAUGUGAGUGUGGUAAAGCGUUCUUCCAGAAGAACCAUCUCAUGCUUCAUCAGCGUCAGCAUCUGGAGCAGAACCAGCGCGGUGGUCAGAACCAAGCGCAGGCGCAACAAAAUCAGCCUCAACAACAGCUAGUUGUGAUCCAACAAACUAACCAGGAGGCAUUGGCCCAGCAGCAACAGCAACAGGCGCAACAACAAGCACAACAGCAACAGCAAGCAGCCCAGCAACAACAAGUUGUCCAACAGCAUCAACUUCAGCAGCAGCAACAGGCACAACAGCAAGCCCAACAACAGCAGCAAAAUCAGGCCCAGAGCAACCAACAGCACGCGAUGCGCAACCUGGUUAUCGCUAACCAGCCUGUGCAGGUACAAUAUGUUCAAGUUCUCGAAAGCAACACUGCGCAGGUCAUCAAGUACGAGAUCAUUCAUGAUUCAUCAAGGCAGUCGAACGUCGAGUGAGAAGAGGCUAUGCUCCGUAUAACCAAACCGGAUGGUACGGAGGAAAUGAAGAAAGUAUUUAUACUAAAGAACGAGGUGGGAUGAAAUUUGCUGAACACCGCUGCAACAACCGCUGCUGCUGCCGCUGCAGCCAAUUCCGGCAAUGCCGGUCCGGUUUCCUCGAUUGUCUCAGUUCCAUCGGCAGCAACAGUGGCGGAUCAAACGGCUCAAGCGAUGACCAUAACUCCCACGGUAACUAGCGCCGGUGGUGGUGGUUUUAUCAUCCAUCAUCCUUCUGGUGCCAUUAUGGCCUCACAACAAGUCCAUCAUCCACUACCAUCACAGCAUGCGCAUUUAUCCAGUAGCACCAAUCAGCAGCACCACCAACACAUACAACAGCAGCAACAUUCAAAUGCAGAUGCUGAGGAUAAGAGCGGUAUUAUUGUAAAUAUGGAUCAUCAACAACAGCAUCAUCAUCAUCACCAACAACAACACCACCAGCAUUCACAGCAGAUAGUUAUGGGAGAUAUAAUGGAUUACAAGGAUGCAUCUAUAAUCAACGCAGGAGGGGGUACAGUGAAUGGAGAUAAUCAUCACAACUACGCGGCUGCUAAUGCUAUUGUUAGUGAAAGCGGCGAUUAUCAGCAUAUCUAUCAGCAGCAGAGAAUGAUUCAACAGCAACAGCAAUCAUCCUUGCCCAGUGGAACCGGAGAAUUUCACCCGGGACGGCAGCCUGAACUGUCUACUAUGAUUAAGAAUGAAACCUUGUAAUAUUAUUCUCCUGUUUGAUUUCGUAGGUAUUCCUAGGAGUAGAAAUUUCCGACAUUGUUUCCAGUGAAACGUGUCGAUUGUUUAUAUUUUGAUAAAGAGUUUUAUUUUGAGCACCCCAUGUUUUCGCUCAGACACAGGCGUAAUACAUGAAUGGCGAUUACCCCGAAGAAAAAUUUAAAAAUAGUUUAAAGUCAGAAUUAUAUGUACAACACUACCUUUGUACAAAAACAAAAAUGAGUUAAUUUAUAGCAUUUUCCUUUUGUUAGGAAUGAUAAGAAUUAAAAAGUGUACAACAUUCAGUUUAAUAAUUUAAGCCAGUGAGCGACAGGAGGAUAGAUAUGUUUAGUUCUGCCGGGCUCUUACCCGAACAGCGUGCGUUACUUAUAAAACAGAGUUUUAAAAUGUGUUGCAGGUUUCACCUCUUUCGCUGUAUGAAUUCUGCUACUAUAACAUACUAAGGUCCCCAAUCGAAUCAGAAAAAAUAUUUUGUGCAGGAAUGAUUGCUGAUCGCGUUUUUAUUAUGGCAGGCUAAAGAAACAGCAAAAUAUAACUAUUUUGUUACACAAAUGAUAACGAUUCAAUAAAAUAGAGUUCAAACAAUCUGUAAAUAGCUAUCAUUUUUCGUGAAGACUACCAAGAGUUUCACGGGUUCCAAAACACUAUUUGCGGCCAUAUAGUUUUCCGUUUUUUAUUUAAACCGGAUGUAUUUUUCCUUAAUACAAAUAAUCAUGCGCUUAUGUUGAAACAAAAAUGGCACUAAAAUCAGCACGAUAUUCCGUGUUAAGCUUGUUUCAUUUUUUUCGUUCUAAGCUCAGUAGGUUAGACAAAGAGACACACAUGUAUGGAAUAUGUGUGUUGUAAUCGAUUCUUGUGAAGAAAUGCAAUCGACCCGUUUUGGAAAGUACUUUUAGUUUUUUUGAAAAAGUCACUAAUGUCACUCAGAAUGGUGUAACAUUUUAAUUAAGUUGAUAAAUUGUAAAAAAAAAACUCCAAAUAUGACAGCUUAUAAAGCUUACGAUUGGGAGUAGCAAACAUUUUUACUUGGAAAGGUGAAGAUGAACCAGACAAUGUAGCGUUAAUUAAUACAACUGUAUCGUAACAUAUUUUGGGGAUAAAAAAUCUGUAAAUUUUAUGGGAAAUGUGUAUCGUCAUGUAAACGCAAGAUUAGAUUUAUGGAUAAUAAAUAUUUUAAUAAUAUAA